CCAAAAGUACACCAACAUCAAUAUCGUCUUCCCUACGAGAUUCGUUCGGAGAUCGGUUCUCUUUUGCAUCUUUGUCGUCUUUCGCCGCAGGAUCUGCCACCCGGGCCCGCUUUGGAACAGAACGUUUGGGACGCUCGGGCGUCGGGCUUCUGUCCAUUGAGUGAUCACGAGUGACUGGCUCGUCUUCUUCAUGACGCCUCUUCUGCACUCGGGAUGGUGAAGGCUGAUUGUACGAGGUAGAGGAGAGCUGAUGAAAGGGAGAGGCGGGAGUGAUAGCGGAUGGCCAUGCUGAGGGGGCGACAACGGGUCCUCCUAGGCCAAAGCCAAAACCGAACUGAGAGGGUGCAUGGUUUACGGGUCGAGGCUGGAAAUCGAGAACAUUGGCCAUGAGAAUGAGAGAGAGGAACGAGGGGAAUUAGCGGAAGUUUAGCACGUGCCUUUCUUGGCCAAGCCAAACCUAGCCAAUCAUAUCAGUGACACGAGCUGAGCUAUAAAAGGACUGGCUGCCAACUGUCACGUCACUUGCGUCCUUGUUUUUUCCGCCUCGUUGCAUGUCGAUCCAGCACAGACGGCACUGUAUGUAUCCCUUCUGUCUGUCUGUCGCUAGUCUGUUCACAUGGAAGUGCGUCCCUGCCAUCAUAGAACAGACGUCCUUUUUUACUUGUAGUCCGCUAUUAGUAUUAGAAUUUCAUUGGCCUAUUCGCCAGGUUACAUUUGCUAUCCACAAAAGUCCGAGAAUGACGAGCAGUCUCCGCGGUAACCUCUGCUGGAUCCACCACCACAGGCCGCUUGUACUCUGUUCGUUUUUUUCUUGUUCGUCUGUGGCCGCAGUGACCGGCAAUACGCUGCGGGUAACAUCGGAGACGCAAAUGCGUUUGGUGAUGUCCCCAGUGGCUUCCGCGACGAGAUGUGAGAUAGAUAUGAAGGCGAUUGAAGUCGCUAGCAGAUUGAGCAGUCUCCAUUGCGGGCCGGGGAUGACGACGAGAACGCCUUUGGUGUCUGCGGCGAGAAAAAAGUGGAACUGCAGGAUGAACAGCUCGAGGGAGCACUUGCCAGCCCAAAUGAACACAUCCGAGGACAUGGAUCGCAGUGCUGGAGUCGCAUUUCGCAAGACUGCAAACGCAAGCACCGGCAGCCACGAAAUAUACGGAUGCCAUGUGUUGUAUGUGAAUUUGGACUCUUGCCCAAGCUCGAAGGCGAAGAACCAGACCAGCACGACACCCGACAAUAGAGUGGCGCCUUUGACGAGAGUUGGCCAGUGCCGAUGCUCCACCAGCUUGUGUUCGCGGCAUUUGAUGACAGCGACGGCCGCCAGCUGACCCACGAACACAAUGUAAAGGUCCAAAGUGACGCGGAAACCCCAUUCCCUUGCGGACCACCGGAUGGCAGAGACCCGUUCCAGUAGGUCGAACAGAGCAGCCGUAAGCCAUUCUUGUUUGGCGACCAAGGCGACUGCAAUGCAAGCAAGUGUCAAUUUGGCGACCAAGAGCGGUGUCCGAGUGUUGUACUGAGCGCCGACGGCCAUCGUUGCGUAUGUUACCAGAAACCAAAAGGUGACCAGAGCUGAAAAAUAGUAGAGCAUGUAGUCGGUGCCCAUCACAAAUGCAAGUAGCACCGUUAGUAUAUUAGUCCGCACUAGGAUCUGUAGAGGGUAAGCCCCAGAAGGCACCAGAGAUGGAUCAGCUGACUUGCGCAACUCGCGAGAAACUGUAAUCCGCUUUCAAAAGAUAGAACGAAACGUGGCCGUCUGAGUGAGCCGAGAUGAGCUCUC